UAUUGGACAGUAACUUGAAUGCAACCCGACUUUGUUCCCUUGCAUUAUAGCACACUCAUGUAGCGGUUGAAGAUUAUCUUAUUCUUACUAAUUGAAACUAGUACGAUGAGCAACCCAGACGCAUCUAUUGGCUUACUGGAUAUGCCUCCAGAGACUUUACUCCACAUUCUCUCCUAUCUUGACAUUCCUGACCUAGCGUGUCUCUCACGAACAUGUUCGUCACUGGCGUGCUUAGCUGUAGAUCCCGUUCUUCACAGUAAUCGCCUUCGCGUUGUAGCUCCUUCACGGGUCUCCCACCUGCUUUUUGGUCGAAGCCCUCAAGGAAUACCUUUCAGGCCUACGGUUGGUGACCUUGUGCAGAGAUAUGUAUUGCGUGGCUUGAAUAUCGAAAGAAGAUGGCGCAUGGGGUCUUAUCUCCACUCUGCACACUCGGUCAAGCAAUAUGAGAUGGGUCUCCAUCUGCAACGUAGACGUGCUAGCCUUAUUGUAUCAUCCCAACUUCGUCGCCGUGCAUCCGUAUCUCACGCACUCAAGGAUCUGCACACAUUACACGUACUGCCAGAUAUCGAGUCUUCCUCACUUUCUGUCUCUCGCUCACUUUUACCCAUCAUGCAUCAGUUGAAGUGGUGUAUGGACAGGGACAGAUUGGCAAAAAAGGUUAGAGAUGGUGCGUGCGGCGCGUUUGGGACCGGAGUCUCUGGAGGUUUUGUUAGUGGGCUAGGAGCGUGGCUUGAGCUUAGGGGAAGAGGCAUCGUGCAGGAUAAUGAGCGGGUGAGGCUGAUACUUUGUCCAGAUGUAAGGAAGAUGGUGGGGUUUUACGAGAGUCUUGGAUGAUUAACUGUCUUCACCUUUUAUUAUAUGUCAUUUUAUGGACCAAUAUGUAUGUUCUAUCUUGCACAACCAGAGUCUGUAAUGUUUUGUGUACAGUUCUCGAAUAUUAGUACUCGCUUAGAUGUUUUGUUCCCGAAGCCAUAAAAAUCAGCACAUGUAUUUCCAUUUAUAGUCUUGAUUUUGUUGGACUACGACAGUCGCUCACA